AUGGAGAGGAACCAAGUGGCAGCCAUCACCACUUCAUCAACAACCCAAGAAGGAAUGGAUGAAGAGGUAGAGGGUAAUCUUGAGCAAGCCAACUACAUUGGGAAUUCACCUAGACAGAACCAUGAUCCAUACUCCAAAACCUACAACCCUGGAUGGAGGAACCACCCAAACUUUGGGUGGGGGAAUCAGCAAGAUCAAAGCCAAGACCAGAGACGAAUAUGCCAAGAGAUUCAAGAAAACAAGGUGUUCAAAGAGGAGGUGCGAGCCAAUAUUAAGAACCAGGGAGAGACCAUCAAGAAGCUGGAAUUCCAAGUGGGAUGCUUAGCUGAGAAGAUUUCCAAACCUACUGAUGGCUUCCCAAGUGACACGGAGAAAAACCCAAGAGGAGAAGCAAAGAAAGUAAGAUGGGAAGAUUGCAAAAUGGUCACUACAAGUGGUCAAGAGGCUGAAGACAAGCAAAGUAAACUCUCCAAACAACCUGAAGAUAACUCAACAGAGGAGGAGGAUAGAGAUCACCAAGAACCAAAAAUCUCACAACAAGAGCUGUUGAAGCUCUAUGCACCAUUUCCCCAACUGCUCAAUGGUGCUGUGGGGAAGAGAAUAUACUCAAGGUUCCUAGACUUGUUUGCAUCUCUGCAUGUAAACAUACCAUUCAUCAAGGCCAUCCAACAAAUGCCUGCAUUCAUCAAGUAUAUGAAGGAACUUCUUCCCAUGAAAAGCUCAAUCAAAGGAGGCCAGACUACAGUGAUGAAUAAGGAAUGCAGUGCCCUUAUUCAACCUGAGUUGCCUACAAAAAGAAGAGACCCAGGGAGUUUUCAUAUCCCCUGUGCCAUAGGAGAAACAAUGUUUGAUAGAGCACUCUGUGAUUUGGGGGCAAGCAUCAACUUACUGCCCCUAUCCCUAGCGAAGAGGCUGCAAAUUAAUGAGAUAAUGUCCACAGAUGUAGUCAUCAGACUGGCUGACAAGACUCAAGCAACCAAUAGGAGUGGUGGAAAAUGUGUUGCUAAAGGUUGGAAAAUACUUUCUCCCAACAAACUUUGUCAUCCUGGACAUGGAAGAGAGUCACACUCACCCAAUCAUAUUGGGAAGACCCUUCCUAGCUACAGCCAGAGCACUCAUAGAUGUGGAGAAAGGGGAGCUAAUAUUGAGGAUCCAUGA